AUGAUCGCCAAAAAGAGAGCAGCGGCCUACAUCCCGGGGAUCAGAGACAGAGAUGGGAAGCUGCACAGUAUGCCGACCGAGAUGGCCAACACCAUUAGGGCGUACUAUGCGGACCUCUAUUCCCUCGACCCGCCCAGGGGACAGGGAGCGGACACAGAAAGGAAGACGCGGAUAACAGACUACCUAGAACCGCGCAUUGGCAACUGCCUCUCACAGGAGGCAAGUACAGAGCUAGACGAACCGAUCGAGACGCACGAGGUAGCAUGGGCUCUAAAAACGGCCAAGACGGGCAAGAGCCCCGGACCGGACGGCCUACCAGCACGCUACUACAAAACCUUUGCGGAACUUCUCGUCCCACGCCUCACGACGGCACUCAAUGCGAUCCGAGACGGGCAGAUAUUCCCGACACAGACCUUGGCGGCCAACAUCAUCCUAAUUCCUAAAGACGGGAAAGAUCCUGAACAUUGUGCAAACUAUCGCCCAAUCUCACUGUUAAAUAACGACUUGAAGCUUUUUACGAAGAUACUCGCACAGAGACUGCAGGCCCACCUCCCGAACUUGAUACACAAGGACCAGGUGGGAUUUACCCCGCACCGAGAAGCACGCGAUAACACAAUCAGAGCACUUUCCCUGAUCCACCUCGCAAAAACUAGACAGGAGGGCCUUCUCCUGCUCUCCACGGACGCGGAGAAGGCCUUCGACAGGAUUGCAUGGGACUUCAUGUUCCAGGUCCUCGACAAACUGGGGAUGGGGCCUCACAUGAUGUCCUGGAUCAGGGCCUUGUACUCACAACCAACAGCACGGAUCUGCAUAAAUGGAGCCUUCACAGACCCCUUCGUGAUCAGGAAUGGAACCAGACAGGGCUGCCCCCUCUCCCCCCUGCUCUUUGUGCUAGCCCUGGAACCAUUCCUGAACUCGAUCCGAAACAACCCGGAUAUCCCGGGAUUGAAGACAGGAGCGGGGAAACACGCAGUGGCAGCAUAUGCGGACAACCUACUGUUCUUCGUAACUAAGCCGGAAACAUCCAUGCCCACGAUAAUGAAGGAAUUCGAACAAUACGGGGAGCUCUCGAACUUUAAAAUCAAUUUUUCCAAAUCCACGAUCCUCAAUGUCUCCGUCUCGAGGUCCAGAGCGACGGCCCUCAAACGAGCGCUGCCAUUCCAAUGGUCUGCCACCUCCCUAAAAUACCUCGGCGCGGUGCUAACAAACGACCUCGCCCAACUGUACGCAGCGAAUUUCCAACCACUCCUGACCACUAUACAGAAGGACUUGCAGGAAUGGGACCAGGUGCACCUCUCAUGGUUUGGAAGAGUGGGAGUGCUCAAGAUGAACAUCCUACCGAGGAUCCUCUACCUGUUUCAAGCUAUCCCCGCGACCAUACCGGAGGCAUUUUUUACCUCCCUUAGAUCGAUGGCCCUCCGGUUCACAUGGCAGAGACAGAAGGCCAGGAUACAACACGACGUGCUCACACUACCGAAGGUCAAGGGAGGCCUAGCUCUGCCAGAUUUUAAGAGAUACCAUAGAGCCACACACAUCCAAAGGAUAGUGGAGUGGUCUAAACAGGGAGUGGAGAAACUCUGGAAAGAUGUGGAGUCUUCCCUGGUGGAGAGACCGAUGGCAGUCCUCCCUUGGCUGGACCCCCAACAAAGCAGGCAGCUAGCUGCUCCACACCCCCUAAUCAAAGCGAUCGUGCGGGUAUGGCAAGCUCUGGCGGUACCACUCUCGCUCACCUCCACGCCAUCCCCAAUGAUGCCUCUAAUCCAUAAUGAGGUAUUCCCGCCAGGAAGGGAACCAAGAACGUUGGUCCAGCUGCUGGGACAAGACAUACCGAGGCUCUUCCAUGUCAUAGACAACAGCCGCAUCAAAUCACUAGAGACCAUGACGGGGAACUCCAAUCACCCAUUCAUGCUCCAAUUCAGAUACCGACAACUGAAAGGGCUCAUACAAGAAACCACCCGAAACAAUCACACUCUCAGACCCUUAGCAACGUUUGAAGAGAUAUGCAUGGACCCCGACCCGUUGCCGAGGGGCCUGUCAACGCUCUAUGGAAUGAUCAUGCGGUUGAGGAGGCUGCCACCCCCAAGCUUCAUGGGGAAAUGGGAAACAGUUUUAGGCACUACAUUCACACCCAACCAAUGGGACAAAAUUUGCACCCUCUCACUACACUGCGCACCAUCUAGCGGAACGCAAGAAACAGCAUAUAAAAUACUGGCCCUUUGGUACCGCACCCCACUCCACACACACCUAUACGACCCCACGAAGGACGACGUAUGCUGGAGGUGCAACACGCACAAGGGAACAUACCUCCACAUAUGGUGGGAAUGUCCAAUCAUCCAACCAUACUGGUCAACCAUCCACACGAUCAUCAAAAGAUUCACAGACUCCCCACCACCCAUGAACCCCGCAACAUUCCUCAUCCAUCACACCAAGAUGAAAGCAUCAACAUAUAAAAAAUCCUUAACAAUACGGAUACUUAAUGUAGCCAAAAGCCUAAUCCCCCUCUACUGGAGAAAACAAUGUGCGCCCCCGCUGGGGACGUGGUACCAAAAAAUGGAGGAGCUGAGAGCUCUGGAAGAGCUCUCCCUGCUGGCAGAGGGGAGGACCCAGACGUACAUGACGAUCUGGACACACUGGAUACUGACCUCGACUAACGCUGACUUCCAGGACCUGCUGACGUGACUGCAGACACCUGAAGGGACAAACGACCAUCUUGACUGAGGGAGUGACUACACAAACAAACAGGGAAAACACCAGAAUCAACAUCAUAAUAAAUAAAACACCCCCUCCCCCUUUGCCCCCCCCAUCUCCCCCUCCCACCGGUCCCCCCCUGGGGGAACCCGCGGACGGGAAGGCGACAAAGUAGAGGAGUUCAUAAGACGUAGAGGCUCCAGACGGAGGGGCACCCUCUAAGCAAAGAAAGGAAGAGAGGGAAAAGAUAAGGGUAGCAAAGGGGGAGGGAAAAGAACAAGAAGGGGAAAGCCAAGAGUAAAAAGAGAGAAUAAGAAAGGAGGGAAAAGAAAUGGAAAGGUGUAAGGAAGACAAGAAGGAAGGAGACAAAGAGAAUCAGACAGAAAAAACAGGAAAAGGGACAGGGGUUCACAGUUAAGGAUAAGACAAGGAGAAACAAGCCUAACUUUGCACUCACGCCAAAGGCGGGAGUUAAAGACGGUACAAACCACCUCCACCCCAUCCAGAUCAACAGGGGUAUACCCCACUGUCACCAAAGAUCUGAGAACUGAACGCGCAAGGCACACACAACACCCGGUUUCUCCCCCAUACGGUUGGUCAACACACACCACCUGCCUAGACACAAGACACCAACCACCUUUGUCACACUGGGUGAUAUACUAUAGCCACAACAACCAUACGAGAGAGGGAAAACCCCAUCCACACAAAGGUUUAUAGGACCCAUGAGCCCAACUAGUAUACGUCUUUAAACUGUUUGAUGACUUGCAUGUCACUAUGUUGUUCACAAAAACUAUCUCAUGUCUGAGACAUGAACUGGGAAAGCCUUUAUUGGACCUGCGUGUCCGCGACAAUGUUUUUUCUUUUUCUGCAUAAAAUGAAAAUUCCUUGAAUAAAAGAAAUUUACAAAAAAAAAAGUAGUCGAUAACCAACUAACAAUACUUUACAACAAAUUAGUGGAUGCCCUUAUCAAACAUAACAGGUUUGUACAUGAGCAUAACUUACACGUACAUGUACAUCUGAAGUGGUUUUGUGUUGUUGGGUGGUUUUAAAGUGCAAAAAAUGUAAGAAAACCCCAUGGUACUCCGCAGAUAUGGCUAAAAUAGUAAAAAAACUAAAAGUUAGCCUUUAGUAAUCAUAAAAAAACCCAGAGUGAGGAAGAUAGAUAUUUAAGAUUAGGCAGAAAGAGGCUAAGCAAGUUAUAAGAGCUUCCAAAUCACACACAGAAGAGAAAAUAGCACAGUCAGUAAAAAAAAGGGACAAAACAUUUUUUAGAAACAUAAAUGAGAAAAGGAAAGUAAAACAAUGAUUAUUUAGAUUAAAACAAAAGAAGGAAGGUAUGCAGAAGAGGAUAAAGGUCUAGCUGACUGCCUCAAUUAAUAUGUUUGUUCAGUAUUUACAGAUGAAAAUUAAGGAAAGGGACCUCUGUUAGGAAAAAGGACAAAUUAGUCAUUUGUUACAUGUGAGUUUACAGAGGAUGAGGUUCUAUUUCAACUGUCAAAGGUAAAGGCAAAUAAGUCAAUGGGGCCUGAUGGCAUACACCCAAAGUAAUUAAAAGAGCUUAGUAGUGUACCAGCAAAACCGUUAACUGAUUUAUUUAACCAAUCAUUGUUAACAGUGUAAGUUAGUGAAUGUUAUGCCCAUUCACAAGAAAGGUAGUAGGGAGGAGUCGGGCAACUUUAAACCAGUAAGCCUUACUUCAGUAGUGGGGAAAGUAAUGGAAACCAUGUUAAAGGAUUGGAUUGUUGAACAUCUAAAAUCACAUGGAUUUCAAGAUCAGAGACAACUUGGGUUUACUUCAGGGAGAUCAUGCCAAACUAAUCUUAUUGAUUUUUUUUUGAUUUGGUAACUAAAAUAAUAGAUCAGGGUAGUGCAGUAGACAUUGUCAACCUAGAUUUCAGGAAGGCUUUUGGCACUGUUUCACAUAGAAGGCUUAUCAAUACACUGCAGUCUUUAAGUUUGGAUUCCAAUAUUGUUGAAUGGGUAAGGCAGUGGCAGAGUGACAGGCAACAAAGUGUUGUAGUCAAUGGAGUAUAUUCGAAGCAUGGUCUUGUUACCAGUGGGGCACCUCAGGGAUCUGUACUUGGACCCAUUCUCUUUAAUAUUUUUAUUAGUGAUAUUGCAGAAGGUCUUGAGGGUAAGGUAUGUAUUUUGCUGAUGAUACAAAAAUAUGUCACAGACUUGAUGUUACAGGAGGGAUAAGCCAAAUGGCAAAUGAUUUAGGUAAACUAUAAAAAUGGUCAGAGAUGUGGCAACUGACAUUUAAUGUGGAUAAUGCAUCUUGGGCAUACAAUUCCAAGGGCAGAGUAUAGAAUAUUUGAUACAGUCCUAACCUCAACAUCUGAGCAAAGAGAUUUAGGAGUAAUUAUUUCAGAUGACUUCAUAGUCUGUAAUAAAUCAGCAGGAAAUGCUAGCAGAAUGCUUGGUUGUAUAGGGAGAGGUAUUAGCAGUAGAAAGAGGGAAGUGCUCAUGCCAUUGCACAGAACACUGGUGAGACCUCACUUGGAGUAUUGUACGCAGUACUGGAGACCGUAUCUUCAGAAGGAUAUUGAUACCUUAGAGAGAGUUCAGAGAAGGGCUACUAAACUGGUUCAUGGAUUGCAGGAUAAAACUUACCAGGAAAGUUUAAAGGAUCUUAACAUGUAUAGCUUGGAGGAAAGACGAGACAGGGGGGAUAUGAUAGAAACAUUUAAAUACAUAAAGGGAAUCAACACAGUAAAGGAGGAGACUGUAUUUAAAAGAAGAAAAACUACCACAACAAGAGGGCAUAGUCUUAAAUUAGAGGGGCAAAGGUUUAAAAAUAAUAUCAGGAAGUAUUACUUUACUGAGAGGGUAGUGGAUGCAUGGAAUAGCCUUCCAACUAAAGUGGUAGAGGUUAACACAGUAAAGGAGUUUAAGCAUGCGUGGGAUAGGCAUAAGGCUAUCCUAACUAUAAGAUAAGGCCAGGGACUAAUGAAAGUAUUUAGAAAAUUGGGCAGACUAGAUGGGCUGAAUGGUUCUUAUCUACUGUUACAUUCUAUGUUUUUAUCAGCAGCUCCAAGGUUAAUCAACUAAACAUUUAUAAUCGUAACUGCAAUAGUAAUUGCAAACCCCACUAAUAAUCAUUUUGUUUGUCAAUAACAUCGUAGCCUGAUUUGUUAGAUUGACAAAGAUCCUGUAUUUCAGUUGAAAUGUUGCCAGGUCCACUGUAGUGGAAUAAGAUCUCCUUCUGAUAUAUUUUAGUGUUUCGACUCUAUUACCUGUUUCAUAGUGUUAACAUGUCGAGCUUGAGUUUAUGUGAUUAACAACCAAAGCAAAGUUAAGCUUGGUUUUAAGUUAAUAAUUAUUAUUAAAAAUUGUGACAUUACGGGGAGAAAAUGAUUAAAACAUUUUUGGUUUGCGAUUUUUUAUUAAAAAAAAUCAAACACAAUAACAUGCAUAUUUCAGUAACUAUUAUUAACUCAACACAAGCGUGGUAUUGUAAUCAAGGUCUGAAAUUAAUACUUAGAGAUUUAUUUGUCAUAAAUUUUUUGGCCCAAAAAUAAUAUGCUUUAAAAUAUGCUUACAAAAAUAAUUAACAGUACGUGCAUCUUGUUAAGAUUUCUUCAACAGCCUAGAAUACAAUCCUCCUCAGGUGUUAAUUGAAUUGUCUAAGAGUUGCAAUCCUCAGUCUCUUGCAAACAAGCCAGGCAACAACACACACUCAGAAUGGUUCCUGAGAACUUUAGUCGUAAAACUGAAGCACCUAAUAUCAAGCAUUUAGAGACUGCCUUACCUUAAGAGCUGCAAGGUACUUCUGGGAUACUAUUGCACUAUAAUUUUAUGUUGUAUGCUUACAGAUAGAAUAUUUUUCUCCUCCCCUCUAAUGUGCUAUUAUUUCUCUUGUUUGUCUGUACUCCUUCCUUGUAGACUGUAAGCUUGUUUGAACAGGGCCUUCUUUAACUCUUGUCUCUGUUAUAUUCUGUAUGUCAUUACUUAUUGUAGAAUAUCACCAUUUUAUAAUUGUAAAGCAUUGCGGAAUAUGCUAGCGCCAUAUAAAUUAUAAUAAUAAUGAUUGGACACCAAUUCAUUUAAACUGAAAAAAGUGAGCAGGUGAAGGAUUGAACUGAAAUAUUAUCUCUUUAAUAUUAAACACUUUACAGUCCAACAUAAACAUUACCUCUUCAUUGCCAACAUAAGAAAGGGGCCUUAUUUUUCAUUGUCUUGUUACCCAAAAUAACGAUUUUUAUUUUGCAUUUCUGCUUUCAGGGGUAAUUUCCUUCGAUCUAUGAAUUUCAACUAUGAGUUUUGAUUGAAAAAAGGAAGAAUAAGGAUGCGCCUAAAACAAGUGGAAAAGGCAAACUAAUAAUAUGGGAAUAGCAGCAGUAGCAAAAAGUCCAAAAAAGUGUCCAAAUAUAAUAUAUGAAUGGAAUAAUCACGGUACCUAAUAGUCCAAAUAUAAAAUGUCCAAAUGUGCAAAUGGUGGUCCUAGUAGUCCAUCAGAAGAGUAUGUAGCGUCCUGAAUGAGUAAAAUAUGCGAGAAGAGCAGAAGAGAGAGAAAAACUCCAAUGGUGUAGUAUAAAAACAAAAUAUUGAUAUUUUGUAAAUAUUUGUGGAACUACUCACAAUAUUCAGAGCUUAAGUCCAGCUCUGGUAUGGAUAGCGUGAAGUGGAAUAAUCCCCACUCAGGGAUAUGUGGUGCUCCUCUUUGGUCCUUUGGUAAACAGAAGGAGUCCAACUCGGGAUAAAAAUAAUAAAAAAUAUAGUGCUCACUGUAUAGUGGAUAAGACGAUAAAGUUAAAUAAAAUAUACUCAUGAUAUAUAGAGCAGACGUACUGCUCGGUGGAUAGCGUAUGGGUGGUAUAAUCCCCACCUUGAGGAUUCUUUGGUAGUCCGAUGUGGUCAAAAUCAAUGGUAGUUAGGUCUGGAUAAAAUAAACUUGCAUAGAAUAAAAUAGCAAAUAAUAUAAAAGUGAAAAGAGGAAUGUGGCAAACCAGUGUAAAAUAGCCAGAUAUUCCUUUAAUGACACUUUGAUUAUUAAAAGAGAAAAAAAGUUUCUAUACGCGUUUCGCCACAAUAGGCUUCAUCAAGUAGAAACAAUAUAAAAAGAAAGAAAACAGAGCUAACAUACAGUACUUAUAUAGGGAACAUUAAAAUACAGAAAUAAUUUAAAAUUCCCGCCAAAAUGACGUCACCAAUCGUCAUGGGAGGGAAUACAGUACAGUGUGUAAAAAAAUAUAAAAUAUAAAUAUAUUACAAUAAGAUAUAAAAUGUAGAACAUAUUAGUUAUAAAAGAAGUUGAAAACGAGUGCAUUUUCAAUUAAAAAUCGUAUAGAUAAAAACAUCAUGUGACGCGGAAGUGGAUGAAGCCACGUCACGUGAUGGUAGAUGGACCGCAUGCGUCAUUCACUAGUGGAACGCACAUGCGGUCCAUGCAGGGGACAGCUACCGGGCAUGACGCUCAGGGGCGGAGUGAGCGUUAUAGGUAAGAGAAGUAUCCUAACAGGCUACUGUUGUAACAACAAAUGAAAAAUGAAACAUAGUUAUGAAUAAUAUAUGCAGAUAAAAGGUAAGUAUAAUAAAAUGGACUGAAAAAAAAUUUACAGUGUAUUAAAAUAUACUUUAAAAGGAAAUAAAUAUGUGUAUUGUUAUUAUUAUAAAAAAUUAAAAAGAUCAAAUUCUAUAUUAAGACCUAGUGGGAUGAAGGUCUUCAAAUUAUAAACCCAUUCCAUUUCUUUACUUCGUAAAGUCUUUUUGAUAUUCCCUCCUCUCCAUGAGAUUUCGCAUGUAUCAAUACCUAUACAUUUAAGUAAUUUAGGGUUUUUAUUAUGUAUCAGAAAGUGCUUUGAUAAUGAAUGAUUUUCCAAACCUUUAGAAAUAUUUCGGCAAUGUUCUGCUAGCCUCGUUUUAAGAUUUCUAGUUGUCAUGCCAACAUAUUGGAGUCCACAAGGGCACUCCAAUAAGUAGAUCACAUUUUUUGUAUUGCAAUGGAUAAAUUUAUUUAUUUGAUAAGUCUUUUGUGUAACGGAUGAUGUAAAAGAAUUGGUCUUAGAUCUAAUAAUUGUGUCGGUGCGUUUACAGGCAAUACACUUAUUUCAUUUAAAAAAACCUUUAGGUUUAAUAAACGGAGACGAGGAACUGAAAUGAGAAGUGGUACUUUUUGCUUUAGUAAAAUUAUUUGUAAGGAUAGAUUUAAAGCUGGGUGCUCCUCUAAAAAUAACAUGAGGUCUAUCAGGAAUGAUCCCAGCUAAAAUAUCAUUCUGUUUUAAUAUAUGCCAGUAUUUUUUUAUGAUUUUCUUUACAACAUGGCUUUUGUUGUUAAAAUCAAAAAUAAUUGGCAAUGUUGGGGUGCUCUCAGUAGUUGUCUUAUCUGUAUAUUUUAAAAGAUCUGAUCUAUUCUUGCCCUUGACACUAUUUCUGAUUAUAUUUAAAUCAUUAGUAGAAUAAUUCUUUUGAGCAAAUUUAUUUAAUAGAGUAUUUGAUUGGUCAUCAUAAUCCUGGGUAAGGGAACAGUUCCUCCGAAGACGGAGAAACUGGCUUUUUGGUAUCCCAUUGAGCCAGGGUCUAUGGUGGCAACUUGACAUAUCAAUAGCGUUGUUAGUACAAACUUUCUUAAAGAAAGUCCUUGUUUGCAAUUCAUUAUCAUUAAUAAAAAUUUCCAAGUCUAAAAAAUGAAUUAGAGAUCGACUAUAUUCAAAAGUUAAAAUAAUGCCUUUGUUGUUGGAAUUUAAAAACUGUAAAAAAAGAUUAAGAGAACUUUCAGAACCAUCCCAAAUAAAAAACAGAUCGUCAAUAUAUCUAAAAUAAGUAUUGUUUUGAUUAUUUAUAUAUUUUUUUCUCAAUAAUACAGUGCCGUAUUGAAAGCUCUGUAGAAAUUGUUAGAUUGAUCCUCUGGAACAAAUAAUAGACUUGUUUUUGACUAUUUCCCCAUUUUUGUCUCGUUGGUAAUUUGUAUUUGUAGACAAUAAAUAAUUUAGAAGCUAUAAGCUAAGCUAUCACAGCAACACAAGAUACCCUGCUGAUUAGAUGUGAAUGAGGCACGAUCUUUAGAACUGUGGAUCCAUACAAGGGAAGUAUUAAAUGGAAAGAGGUCAGCUUAAGACUACAAGACUACAAAUGAGCAGUGCUUCAUCAAUAGAAUUCAUCUACUAUGAUCUUCCAAAGCUAGUUGAAUACUGACUUAACAAGAAAAUGUCUCUAGGAUACAUGUGAAGUUAUGGACAUAUAUUUAAAGUCCACGAUUCAAAUUAAGCAGAUACGUAUUAAUCAGAUCCCUACGUUAUAUUCUUCCUGCCAUUUUACUCAAAUUAUUUGAAUGGAAUACUGUAAAUAAGAAUGGAAAACUAAUUACCAUCUCCUUGUAGACGAGACACAAAGCACACAUUGCAUAUAUAUAUGGUUAAAUUUAAUCUUAUAACUCUUCUGUUCUAUAGUUGUCAGGAUUACUAGUUGAUCCCGCACAUAGAAUUAUAUCACACCUAGGACUAAAAGGUAAUGUCUUACCAGGCCUUAGAAUGGCCAGACUUAACGUACUAAAGAAUAGUCAGAAUACUAGCCGAGGUCAGGGACACAGAAUGGGACACAACGAUAAGGGAAAGCCAGAAGUCAGGGAUACCAGAAUACAGGGAAAUCAAAACAAAGCCAAAGUCAAUAACCAGAAAUAAACGCUUAGGAACACACUAUCGGACAACCAGUAAGGGAAACCACGACAGGACAACGAGGAGAAAUAAAAAUGUGUUUAAAUAAGCCCUUUACAAAUCUAAUUGGCCGAAAUCGGCCUAUGACCCCAGAACGUGCGUGCGCAUCUCCCGCGUGAUGUCACACGCACGCCGAUGUCGUCAUCUACGGGGGCAGACAUGGGGAUAUAAUUUGGUGUGGAUCCGCAGCGGCUGGCGUCCAUCAACAUGUUGCAGGAGUCAGGUACACGGACGCAUGGCCGCUGAGCGCAGAUACCGCAAGGUGAGAAUGAAUAAGUUAAAAUAGUUCGCUCAUUCAAAAAACACUAAAAAGCUUUUAUCAGGGUUAUGCACUGAAACCCUGGUUUUGCUAGUCAAAGAAAACCAUGGUAUCAGAGUUGCGUAGAGGAUUAAACAUGGUGUCAGUUCGCUAAAUAUAAUAUCCGCUGAAAUUUAUAACUGCAGCAAAAUUGAGCUAGAUGAGUACUGAAUAGCCCUAUAAGUACUUCAAGCAGCUGUGAAUUACGCAGGAAUUAAUUCUCAAAUGAUUCUUAAGCAAGAUUGCAUCAUAUAUUCUAGACUGGAAGCUGUUGGUAAUUAAUUCAGUAAAAAAUGGCAAAUGUAAAAAUUCUGUAAUUUGUUUCAUUAAAAAUUAUAACUCUUCCUAGUGCUCUGGCUAGAGUUUGUCUUUUAUUUUUGUAUACUUCUCUUUUACAAGAAAUACAAAACAUCUUGAUCUAAAAUUCCUCCUUCCAUAAGGCACUUUAUUAUCUACCAAAAAUACUGUAAAAUUAUUUAGAAAUUUGUUUUCCUCUGUAUUUGUCUUUUCACCCUCCUUCCAGAGCCGGCUUGCCUUUAUAACCUCAGUGCUCUGUCACUAUUUCUGACCUGUGAAACAUUUAUGAGUUUGAUGUUUGUAACUUGUGUCCUACCACAAGUUCCAUAGAACUCUGGGCUCCUGUAGAAAAAAAACAGCCUUGCUCACUGACUCCCUUUACAGAUUGCUACAUUAGGAUGUAUUAAUGCAUGUACAAUGCUAUAAAAGCCACUAAGAUAAUACUAAUGUAUAAACAUACUUAGAAUACUUCCAAUAAUACUUUCCUAUGUUUACUAGAUUGGAUUAUUUGCCAUCUCUAAACUCUGUAAAUGUUUAUUGCUUGUAGAUAUCACAAUUAUAUUACUACAAAUAAUUAAAGUAAACUUGUCCUACUUUUUCAAACGUAUUUACUAAGAGCCGCUAGGUUUUCAAACAAUGCGGUUGUUUUUCUGUCCCUUACAUUAAGCUUUAAUAGAGCUUUAAUAGUGCAAAUCUACCAUUUGCAAAGCCUAUCAAGUUCAGAUAUUGUCCCUCAGAGCCAGUGAGUCAUUUACUGAAAGCAUCUUUGUACACGGUAAUGCUGUGAAUAUUGUGAAAUGCCUCAUUAGAUUCUAGAAUUGAUAUUAAGAUGCCAUAUGUAGCAGGAUGUGUUCAGAGACAUUAGUGUUACAACAUGAAAACAAAACAAUAGCAAAAUGGGCAGUGAAUUUAUUUUCUUCUGAGUUAGUUACCAGUGGUCACUAGUCUAGGACAUAUGACGCAUUUCCUUAAAUGUCACAUUCUAGAGCUCUUAAAACAUACAGACUAAUCUGGCCUCUUAAAGAGUCUUAGGGAUUUUUAUAUAAAAUUAAGAAUGUAGUCAAGACUUUUAGCUAUCCAAUUCAAAUGAGGCACCCUCUCCUGGGUCAACGGAGAGAUCCUAGGAGGAGAAAGAGGAUCUUUCAUCCCCAAGGGCCAUAUUGGUCCAUGCAGUGCCGCAGAGGAGAUCCCAAAUAUCUCAAAUGGUAGGUCAUUUAUCUGCUUUAGCUUUUUUAGAUUUAUGAUACACAGUUUAGUAAAGUAAGAGUAUUUCAGUUGUAUGUUUGCCUAGAUUCCACCCGAAAAUCGCCUUUUAUCGGUAUUGAGAUCAGGAGCUCAAAUAAGAGGGACUGCGCUGGUCCUCAGUUGGCUCCACUUCCCCAGGAUUUUUAACAUAAUGUUUACUUAUCUCUAUAUUUGACAUAUACAUGUUUGUGAGGUUUAAAUAAUAAAAUGAAAUAUAAAAAUCCACAUCUCUUUAUCCAGUAACCGAAUGCCUCCAUCUAAGUAUCAUUUUAAUCAUUGUUAUAAGCCCUGUGCUUUGUACCUGGUAGUCAGCCAAGAGCAUAUAGAAAUGUAUGCAAAAACUGACAGAAUUUAUUGUGAAGAGUGAAUUUUAAUGCAGCUGAUAUUUAUACUUGCUACUGAGAUAGCUCAUUAAGGCCCUCAAUUAAUGUAAAACAGGGACAGCAAAACAACUUUAUCUUAAAGGAAAGGAAAACAAUCCUUUUUCCUGGCACUGCAGGUUCCCUCUCCCUCCCACCCCCAAUCCACAGUUGCUAAGGGGUGAAAACCCCUUCAGUCACUUACCAGAGGCAGCGACAUGUCCCACGUCGCUGCUUCUUCCUCCGCCAUUGCUCCUCCCAUUCAUUACGUCAGCUGGCGGGAGAGACUGAUCCCACCCGCCAGCUGGGGAGACCCUAUGCGCAUGCGGGACAAUGACGCGCAUGCGCACUAGACCUCUCCAUAGGAAAUAAUUGAAAAUGCUUUUUUAAUGCCUUCCUAUGGGGAUUUUAGCGACGCUGGAGGCCCUCGCUAUGAUCCCGGAAGUGCUCUCUAGUGGCUGUCUAGUAGACAAACACCAGGGGAGGACUUAACCCUGCAUAGCAAUUAUUGCAGUUUCUGAAAACUGAAAUAAUUACACUUGCAGGGUUAAGGAUAGUGGGAGUUGGAGCCCAGACCCAGCCAAUGGGCAGAAGUGGUCUGGGUGCCUGGAGUGGCCCUUUAAUGAAGCAGUUUUGAUGUAUAAAUCAUGCCCUUGCAGUCUCACUGCUCAUUCUCUGCCUUCCUAAACACUUCCUGUAAAGAAAGAUCUAAUGUUUACACUUCCUUUAUUGCAAAUUAUGUUUAAUCUAAAAUGUCUUAUCCCCUGCUCCGUUAAUAGCUUGUUACACCCUGCAGAAACCUCCUGUGUGUCCAGGAGAUAAACACUUCCAAAGCAAGUUAACAUUUGAUUGCAAAUUAAACCAUUUUUUUCAUGCAAGCUGUGUCAGUCACUGCCAGGGAAGGAAUAGUUAGGGCUACAUGGACAGAAACAAAAGUGAUUUAACUCCUAAAUGGCAGAGAAUUGGCACAGAUACUGCAGGUGCAUGAUCUAUACACCAAAACUGCUUUAUUAAGCUAACGUUGUUUUGAUGGUGUUGAUGCCUAUAGUGUCCCUUUAAUUUAAAAAAAAACUUUCUGCAUAUCCAUUCAUAGUUCUUAAUCUUUUUUAAAGCAAGUUAUAUCUGUAUUGUGUUGCUGUACACAGUAUUAUUAGGAUGAAUACUUUAUAUGUGUAACACAUGAUCGUACAAAGUGAAAAUAUUAAAAAACAUACAAAAGACAAUGCAAAAACAUUAAAAAAUACACCGAAUAAAAAUCAGGAAGAUCAUUAUGCUAGGGACUAGGAAUAAAAACAAGAAAAUAUAUAAUUAAUCAAGAAAUGUGAAUAUUACAGCAUUUUGAAUGUUUACCUAUGUUUAUGAUUGCCAACAAAAUAGAAUUACAUUGAUGUUAAUGUCAUUCGGAAAAAAAACGUAAUAAAAUGCACAAAUACAUCGAAGAAAACUCAUUUAAUCGUACAUAAUUUAAACUUUUCCAAGAUGACAGUUCAGAUCAUUCAAAUUAGUUAUACGAGUGAAAUUAGUUAUAUGAGCGCCACUUGUAAUUACACCUAGCUUUGAUUAUACUGGGAGGACAUAAACAUAUUACAAAUUCAGAUUUCAAUUUAAUUCAGUGAAAAGGUCAUUUGUAUCUACAGAAAUGAACAUUUAUGCCAACAGACAAGAACAAAUUUUUAUCACAGAAUUUUAAACAUCCGAAAUAUUGUUCUCUAUACGAUGAUGAAUGCACUAAUUAGCUAAUGUAUGUAUUUACAGAUAUAUAUGAUAGAUUCAUAUGCGCAAUGGACCAUGAAAGAUAUGUUGCUGAAUAGUUGAAGAAUUAUUAUUUCACUUCUAUAUAAAUGCCACCAUUAAAGGGACACUGUAGGCACAAUAACCAUUCGCUUUCCUUGAAAUGGCUAUAAUCAGUCCACUGGCACUGUUUAACACUAAAUAAGGCUCCCGAGCUACCCACACACCAGCCACAAAUAGAGACAUGGCUAAGGAACAUUACACACUUCCUUCUUGUUAUACCAAUUUAUACAAGCAAUAUGCACUCUCAGACACCCAUUGCUGCUCAGGCUAAUGCUUCUUCAUUAGCCCAAGCAGCACAGAGGGGUUGCUGGGCUGAUGUGGACUCUUGUUUAGCAUUUUAACCCCUUAAGGACCAAACUUCUGGAAUAAAAGGGAAUCAUGGCAUGUCACACAUGUCAUGUGUCCUUAAGGGGUUAAACAUUUAAAACAAUGUAAUACUGAAGAGAUCUAAUGUGUCAGAAAAAUCCAGACACUAUAACCACGUCAAAGGAAUCAGUUACCAUGCAUACAGUUUUUCCGUGAAAAUAAGAAAUCCCCAGAAAAUAAUCCCUAGUUUAUUUUCAGGGGAUGCUCGUAAUAUAAGCCCUAACCCGAAAAUAAGCCCUAGUUGAGUUUGUCACUUGUUUGCUAAUCCAUGAUCUGGGAAUUUUUCCCAAACAUAGAUUUGUGGGAUUUCAUGCGCUAGUAAGCUAAUAUAUGUCAGGGGAAGUAGCAGCUCUACGCUCAGCCCCUGAACGUAGAGCUGUUCUCUUGCACAUGCUUGCUAGUGCAUCCUCACUUACUGGCGAAUUUGCUUUACGACCAUGUCGUAAGAACGGAACCCAGUCAGUAAGUGAAGACCACCUGUAAUAUAUAAAAUAAGAUAUCCCCUAAAACUAAGCCCUAAAUGCAGUCUAAUUUUCGGGUAAAAACAAUACAGUCAAGUAAAAUAUUGAAAAUCAUUCUCAAUGUUUUCCUAUUUUUAUCUUUACUUAGAAAUUAUACACAAUUUUGAUAUUUACAGAUCUUGUUCUUAUGUAAUUAAUUAAUGUAAUUAACAUAUAUACUUCAAAUAUUGGAAAGGAGUAGGCACUCGCAGGAGUAGGCACUCGCAGGACUUUGUCAUGAAAAAGUAAAAAAGUUUAUAAUUGUGCAGCGUAAACGUUUCGGACCCACUCGUGGUCCUUUCUCAAGACCAGGGUCUUGAGAAAGGACCACGAGUGGGUCCGAAACAUCGACGCUGCACAAUUCAAAACUUUUUUACUUUUUUUUAACAAAGUCCUGUGAGUGCCUACUCCUUUCCAAUAUUUGAAGAAUGUAUUAUAGUUCCACUGUCGAGCACCGAGGCUAUAUUAUCUAAAGAUUUUCGCGGUUUAUAUAUUUAGUGCAAUCAAGCACCGGGUCAAAUAACUGUAAGUAGGAGUUCAAGGCUUUUUUUAAUUUAUAUAUAUAUAUAUAUAUAUAUCAUUAAACCAGUUCUUAUGUGCUUUAAUGCUUUAACUAAAAAAUACAUUUCUGUUAUUUCAGAAUUAAUUUAAUGAGAUUUCUCGUAUUGUUAAUUCAAGCCUUGAAGCCUAAAAUACACAAUUCCAGCUGAUAGACAUAUUUAUAGUUUAAAAUUGAAGAGAGCAAUUAGACCUUCAAGGUGUUCAAUUUAAAUAAUAACCUUGUGCCCUCUUUUAAAUCUCUAUUAACAAUAAUCAAGCAAAAUAUGUAGGACAAUGGGCUAUCAGAGAAAUCUGAGAUAAUGGUAGGGCAAGUCUAUCAUUGAUUGCCGUAUUAAACACUUUCCUGUAAUUAAAAUGGGAUUUGGAUAACCCUAUCUGAAAAAAGCUUUUGGAAUGUAAUAAUUCUAAUUAGAGGAAACUAAUUUUAGUCAUUUAAUAACAAAACAUUAAAUAACAGUACAUAUAUAUAUAUAUAUAUAUAUAUAUAUAAAAUAUUUCUUUGAGUGUGGGGUCCUCUGAAAUUAAAGGUUGUAGCUUUGUAAUAAUUUUACAUACUCCUUCUAGAGUUGGGUUGUAAGUAACUGCUAGAGGGAUUCUUGUUUUGUUUUCCUUUUCUUUGUAUUGUAGGAGCCUUUCCCGUGGUGUUUUUAGGGCAGAUUUAAUUUUUUUUAGAUAUUGUCCUUUCCUUAUAGCCUUUUUGCCUAAAUGACUCUGACAGUGUAUUCGGGUGCUGAUCUCUGUCUUUUGUGUCAGAGCAAACGUGGUGAUAUCUGAUUGACUGGCUGUAGAUGAUACCUUGUUUGGUGUGAUUGGGAUGGAAGCUGGAAUUGUAGCGGUAGCUGUACCUGUCUGUGGGUUUUCUAUGUACAGAUGGAUGAAGAAUGCCAUUGGUGACAGUUAUUGUGCAGUCCAAGAAACUCACGCUAUGAUUUGAAAAGUUCAUUUUAAGGUUUAUUGAUGGGUUGAAUUAAUUUAAUGAUUUAUGGGAGUCUAUAAUGCAUUUUUGUCCUUCUAUCCAUAUUCUGAAAAUAUCAUCGAUGUAACAAUUAUAUGUAUAUGGUUUGUGGGGCUGUGCACAUAAAAAUCUAUUUUCUAGUUCAGCCAUGAAAAGAUUAGCGUAUUGGGGAGACAUUUUUGUGCCCAUCGUGUCCCUGUCAUUUUUAGGUAGUAACUGAAAUAGUUGUGUGUGAGCAUCAUAUUUGUGUGUGUGUUGGUGUGUAGGAUGAGAGAAAUGUAAUGCAGGUCUCAAUACCAUCGGUAUGUGGGAUGUUACUGUAUAAGGAUUCCACAUCCAUUGUUACUAGUAUAGUGUUUUCAGGUAGUUCAUUUAACUGGUUAAGUUUAUUAAGGUAGUCUGUAGUGUCCUGUAUAAAGCUGCCAGUCUUAAUAACUAGAGGCUUAAGAAUGUUUUCUGUUAGGCCAGAUAUUUGUUCCGUGAGUGUUCCCAUACCUGUUAUAAAGGGCCGUCCUGGGUUCCCUGGCUUGUCGAUUUUCUAUGUUCAUUCGCACCCGCUACAUUGGAAGAGGUUUCUGCUCUGCUCCAGUCCUCCCGCCCCACCACCUGCUCCCUAGAUCCAAUUCCCUCACAUCUCAUCCGUACUCUGUCUUCUUCUCUUUCUCCACCUCUCACUAAAAUUCUCAAUCUCUCUCUCUCCUCUAGUAUAUUUCCAUUGCCCUUCAAACAUGCAACUGUAACCCCAAUUCUAAAGAAGCCCAAUCUGGACCCUAACUCCCCAUCCAACUAUAGUCCUAUCUCGCUACUGCCUUUUGCAUCCAAGAUCCUUGAAAAAAUUGUGUAUGUGAGAUUGACAGACUUCCUCGAGUCCAACUCUCUGCUAGACCCGCUUCAGUCUGGUUUCCGCGCUAAGCACUCUGUGGAAACGGCACUGACCAAAGUAUCCAAUGAUCUACUCACUGCAAAAUCUUGUGGUCACUACUCUAUCCUAAUUCUCCUUGACCUGUCUGUGGUUUUUGACACUGUUGAUCAUCAACAGCUUCUUCUCAUCCUCCGCAAUAUCGGUCUACAAGAUAUUGCUCUCUCCUGGUGCUCCUCCUACCUCUCCCAGCACUCUUUCAGUGUUUCUUUCUCUGGCUCUGCUUCUUCUCCCCAACUCCUCUCUUUUGGUGUCCCCCAAGGUUCAGUCCUUGGUCCCCUACUGUUCUCCAUCUAUACUGCCUCCCUUGGUAAACUCAUUAGCUCCUUUGGCUUCCAAUAUCAUUUCUAUGCAGAUGACAUGCAAAUCUACCUGUCCUCUCGUGAUCUCUCCCCGUCCCUCUUGACUAGUGUCUCUGACUGCCUCUCUGCUGUCUCUAACUGGAUGGCUGCCCACUUCCUUAAACUAAACUUUACCAAAACUGAAAUUCUGGUCUUUCCUCCCUCAAGUGUUGUUACUCUUGUGUCUGUCUCCCUCCAAGUCAACGGUGCUACCAUCAGCUCCACCACGCAGGCUCGCUACCUAGGUGUUCUCUUUGACUCCGACCUCUCCUUCAAGCCUCAUGUUCAAUCUAUCGCCAAAUCCUGUCAUUUCCAUCUCAAAAACAUUGCGCGCAUCCGCCCCUACUUAACGCCAGAUGUGACUAAGGUGUUGGUCCAUUCCACUGUCCUUUCUCGCCUUGACUACUGUAAUCCACUUCUCAGUGGUCUUACGUGCUCCCAACUUGCGCCGUUACAGUCCAUAAUGAAUGCGGCGGCGAGGCUCAUCUUCCUGUCCGCCCGCACCUCCCAUGCCUCACCCUUCUGUCAGUCCCUACAUUGGCUUCCUAUAAAAUAUAGAGCUCAAUUUAAAAUUCUGGUUCUUGCUUUCAAAUCUCUACAUAAUGCUGCUCCCACCUAUCUAUCCUCCCUUAUACACAAGUAUGUCCCGUCUAGGCCCUUACGAUCUGCUGAAGACUUACGUCUAUCUUCUGUCCGUACUCCCACCUCUGAUGCUCGCCUUCAAGAUUUCUCGAGGGCUGCACCGUUCCUGUGGAACUCGCUUCCCUCCUCCGUUAGAUGCUCACCCAGUCUCCACUCCUUCAAAAAAUCGUUAAAAACCCACUUCUUCAUAAAAGCGUAUCAAUUAAACUGUUAAUAGCUCCUGACUGAUUCCUCUUCUGCAACUGUCAUUAGUCUAAUACUAUCCUUACCUUUUUGUGUCAUUUUACCCCACUCCCUCUAGCAU